CGAUAUCGUAUCUCCAUACGCCUGGACCCUAUCAACAUCACAGCUCAACGCUAUGGAGCCGAAGUGCCGGUUUGAUGAAGUCAUGUCUAUUAAUAUUAUUCUCCAACUUCUAUAAAGACUUUCUGAUCAACCCACGAUAUCCAACGUUCUCAUCAUCAAUCAUCUCAUCUUCUCAAGCAUCUCAACUACCAAACACUCUUCAACUCCAACAAACAACUCUCUUCCACCUUCUCCCACACAAACAACCAAACACCAACCAUCAAAAUGAAGUUCACCACCUCUCUCUUCGCUCUCGCUGCCGCCACUGGCGCUGUCGCCGCUCCUUCUGCUCCCCUCGAGGCUGUCUCCAUGAUGGUCGCCACUCCCAUGUGGACCAUCGAGUCUAUGCAGCGAACAUGCGAUAAGCCCGACACCACCUGCACAUGGAACUUCAAGAUCAACACCGGCAGCGGUGCCGCCACUGCUUGCAAGUACGUCGUCAAGGCUUCCAAGAACGCCUCUCAGGCCAACGGCGGCCCUGUCAAGUGCGGCACUUUCACUGUCACCUCUGGCUGGAGCGGCCAGUUCGGCCCCGACAACGGCUUCACCACUCUGUCUGUUGUCAGCAACAAGAAGCAGAUCGUUUACCCCAGCUACACCGACAAGCAGGUUUCUGGUGGCAAGGUUGUCAAGCCUGACCAGAAGUACGCCCCUGCUUCUCUCCCUUAAGCGUUGGACAAUUUAUGGAUGAUGGAUAGAUGGGCUCUGAGUACCAGGGCAGUAAUAUUUAAUACUGGAUAAUUAGACGGGUUGGAUAGAUGUAUAUACAAUCUCAUAUGACAUAAACUAUUG